AGCACGUGUAGUAUAGUUUUGUUGUUAUCAACUUGGAAAGACGAAUUCUAUCAGGAAUUCCGGUGUUUUUUUUUUGUUGAAAAUAUAUCCGUAAAAGCAAAGGAUGAAUGAAACACUGAAUAUCGUUUCAUCGGCUACUGCUUUGCCAAAUAAACAGUUUUUGCAGUUGUUGAACGCCUUUGAUAAUCAUCAAACAUUCAGUCAAAAGGCAAAUCAUGAGCUAGAUUCGAUCGUAUCACUGAUAACAAAUAGCUUGAAUUCCCACAGCAAAAGGCACGAAGGACUUUUACUUCUGAGUUCAUUUUUACAUCAAUGUCAAUUGGACAUAAUCGAGCAGAAAGGAAGUUUAUGGUUGUCGUUGUGUACGAAAAUUUGUGCACAGAAGAAACCAGCAGCUACAGUGUGUCUUGCUUAUGAGGUCAUAAGUGACAUAUUGACAAAAUCUGAUCACAUUCCGGACCUUGGAAAGGCGAUUUCAAACAAUUUGCUAAGCAAAAUUAUUGAGACAGUCAGUGGUUUGCCGCCAGAUUGUCAUUUAGCCGCUUUGAAAUGCAUGGAAGUGUGCAUGCAAUUGUAUCCCGGUCCAUCGGGUGCCAGUUCCAGAACAAUCAUUGAUAAAUUUCUUGGUACACUUAUCGAUAGUACAAACCAAGCAUUGGUUAUUCAAAGUGGAAAGUGCCUACUUCAAUUACAACAAGUCAGAGGCGGUGGUGGUCAGGGAUCUAGCGUAAAAGGUGCUUGGUCAAAUUUACAAUCACAACUCUUGGGCAGUUUGCACGGCAUUUUGAAUCAAUUGUUUACAAAUGCAACUGAAACCUAUGAUGGUUUUAAUUUUGACGAAGAAAUCACCACUUCUAAAAUGAUUGAAUUGAAUUUGAGCCCAGAUCCAGUACAAAGGGCUACACAAUUGUUGACUCGAUUUAAAAAUUCAACGGACUAUCUACGAAUUGCAUUAUGUGAUCCGUUUCCCGUAGCAAAGGCAAUUCAACCAGGACACAUAUUUUCAAUAAUCGCCAGGGGACUGGCUGUCAAUUGCGCCACACUAUCGAAGAAUGCAAUUACUGAUAACAUUGCGAUUGGAGCACUUUUACCUCAAAUUCAUGUCUCACUCUUUCGAUUGUUAGAUUCGUUGAUUUUGUUAUUGCGUGCGCAUUUACUUCCAUUCGCAAGUAAUAUAUGUCAAUUGAUUGCACAAUCUUUGAAAUGGACAUCAUCUGGUAAAGCAACAGGUUUCAAACGGCCAUAUAUUUCAAUAAGACAGGCAGCCUAUCGCACCCUUGGGCUGUGGUGCAAAACGACCAAAUAUGGUAGUUUGGUUGAAACAAUCGCCGACGACUUGAUAAAGUUUAUUAUCCAAGACAUAACACCAUACCAGAAUGAAGUCACUCUGAAGGUAUUAACGGGAAGUCGAAAGUAUCUAUCGAAAAAAGCACGUCAAAAGUUGCACAAAGCGCAAAACGAUGCAUCCAACAUAGCCCAAACUCAUUCGAAGUCAUUCAAUCCGCACAAUACCAAAAUUAUUUACACAGACAAUGGAAAUGAGCCACUGUGUGAGGCAGCACUUAGCUGUUUGGUGGAGGUUUUGCAUGCAGCCGGCUGCUUCAUCAAACCUUUGUAUCAGAAAAUUUUACAAGAGAAUAUUGUUGCCCUUUCGUUGAAUGUUGUGAAUGCAACGCCAAAGAAAACAACUCUAUACUUUGACAAUGAAUGCCGAAAAGCUCUUUUUACCGCUUUGUUUGCAUUGACACAGUCACCACAUUGUCUCUGUCCGCCGCCAAUUCAAUAUGCAGCCGAAGCUUUUCGAUUGGCCCAAUUGCACGAUAGUAGCGCUGACAUUCGAAAUAAAUGCAGUGAAUAUUUGCGCGGUAUCGAAAAGAUUUUACAUCCGCAAAAGGAAAUUUUCUAUUUUCCGACAAAUGUAAAUGAUGUUGCAACGGCAUUUAAACAGAAUGCGGAAGACUCACGUGCCACUGCAAAUGGUUUGGAUGACAGUGAUAGUAAUCAAUGCAGUGACGAAGACAAUGAGGACGAAGAUGUUGAAAUGAAUGAGGUAGUUGAUGCUUUGCCAAAACCACAAAAUCAAAUGCCCGAAGAAGUUUCGAAUAACUCAACCACCGAAAUUGUGGAGCAUCAAACGAAAACCUCAGGUCAAGUAGAAGAGGAAAGCAAAGAGGCAGUUAUAGAAACAGAAUCAACCGAUUUGGAAUUAUUGGAGCCAUCAAUAUCAUCACAAUCACAACAGCCACCUGAAGAGUCUGUAAAAAUAGUUGUUGAAGAAAAUAAUGAAGAGAAACCGUUGACUUCACCGCCACGAAAAUCAGCCCGACUCUCUGCAAAGAGACGAGACUCGGCAACAGACAGCGAUGCUUCCGUUACAACAAAGUCCGAGUCACCGAUUCCCCGGCGAAGAUCACUGCGUCGCAAUUCAAUUUCGCUUCAAGAUUCGACUCCAGUAAAGGGAAAAGAAGAAUCGAACAAGUUGCCAACAAUCACUGAAACCGAUGGCACUGAUAACGGAGCUAAACAGAGUGAAGAAGCACUAAUUGAUGAGCUGGCUUCAGCGUUUGUUGAUGAAUUUAUUGACGAUGAUGAUUAGAUUUUUUUUUUUAAAUUAAAAUGUAUU